GCUUACAGGAAACAGCGAUGAACCUGCUUGCAAACUUUUCUGUGGAAACGUGGGUGCUCCUGGCUACCAUCCUGGUACUCCUCUACCUAUAUGGGACCUACUCACAUGGAACAUUUAAGAAGCUGGGAAUUCCUGGACCAAAACCUCUGCCUUUCUUGGGGACUAUUCUUGGUUGCCGCAAGGUGAGUCACUGGGACUUUGACCUAGAUUGUCAUAGAAAAUAUGGGAAAAUGUGGGGGUUUUAUGAUGGUCGACAGCCCGUGUUGGCGAUCACAGACCCAGACAUGAUCAAAACAGUACUGGUGAAGGAAUGUUACUCUGUCUUCACAAACCGGCGGAAUUUCGGUCCAGUGGGAUUUAUGAAAAAAGCCAUUUCCAUAUCUGAAGAUGAAGAGUGGAAGAGAAUGAGGACACUGCUGUCUCCAACCUUCACUAGUGGGAAACUCAAGGAGAUGUUUCCCAUCAUCAACCAGUACACAGACGUGCUGGUGAAAAACCUCAGACAGGAAGCAGAGAAAGGAAGGAACGUGACCACGAAAACCAUUUUGGGGGCCUACAGCAUGGAUGUGAUCACUGGGACAUCAUUUGGAGUGAAUGUCGACUCCCUCAACAACCCACAGGACCCCUUCGUGGAAAAAGUCAAGAAGCUCUUAAAAUUUGACUUCUUUGAUCCAAUGUUCUUCACAAUAAUACUGUUCCCAUUCCUGACGCCAGUUUUUGAGGCCUUAAAUAUCUCCAUGUUUCCAAGAGAUGUUACAAACUUUUUUAAAACCUCCAUAAAAAUGAUGAAAGAAAGUCGCCUAGAAGAGAAAGAAAAGCCCCGAGUGGAUUUUCUUCAGCUGAUGAUAAACUCGCAGAAAUCCCCAGACACGGAGUCUCAUAAAGCUCUGUCUGACCUGGAGAUUGUAGCUCAAUCCGUGAUCUUCAUUUUUGCCGGCUACGAGACCACAAGCAGCGCUCUGUCCUUCGUCUUGUAUUUAUUAGCCACUCACCCCGACGUCCAGAAGAAGCUACAGGAUGAAAUUGAUGCUGCUCUGCCCAAUAAGACACCUGCCACCUAUGAUGCCCUGGUACAUAUGGAGUACCUGGACAUGGUGGUGAAUGAAACUCUCAGAUUAUACCCAAUUGCUGGAAGACUUGAGAGAGUUUCUAAGGCGGAUGUUGAAAUCAAUGGAGUGUUCAUUCCCAAAGGGACUGUGGUGAUGAUACCAAGCUAUGCCCUUCACCGAGACCCAAUGUGCUGGCCAGAACCAGAGGAGUUCCGCCCUGAAAGGUUCAGCAAGAAGAACAAGGACAACAUCAAUCCUUACAUCUACAUGCCCUUUGGAAAUGGACCCAGGAACUGCAUCGGCAUGAGGUUUGCGCUCAUGAACAUGAAACUCGCUCUUGUCAAAAUCCUACAGAACUUCUCCUUCCAACCUUGCAAGGAAACUCAGAUUCCUUUGAAAAUAGGCAAGCAAGGACUUCUCCAGGCCGAAAAACCCAUCGUUCUAAAGAUUGUGUCAAGAGAUGGGCUGAUAAGUGCAGCUUGAUGAAGACUUUGGCUGCGAAGCUAUGGCCCGGAGCACCAGAAACCAAUUUAUUUUGUGAGGGAAAUUCAGAACUGAACGUGGGA